AAGCGUUGCAAAUAACUCCCAAAAUAUGACGGUACUCAAACGUGAGACGGGAGCGCGAUUUACUAUCCCGUACCGCUGAUCAGCUUCAGCGAAAUUCUGCACUGGCCUCUUAAAGGGUCCGCAUCGCUCGUUUGUCAUACGCACAUUCCUCUGACGUCCAUCCCAGUGUACACACACAUCGCUGGCGUGACUAGGAAAAAGAAAGACGAGAGAGACAAGCCAGACACCGAGAUAUCCGACAAAGAUACAGAAUAUAACCUUGCGCUGUCUGUUUGAGUGCUACAUAUCAAGUUGUUGACAUCAUACUUAAACUUAAAGUCAACUGCAAAAGCAUUUCCUAUUGGCGUUAAACCUGAAGAACUAGAUUUAGCAUGUAACCUAAUCCUUGUGUUAAAUAUAUCAUUACCCUACAAUACAAUGGAAGAUUUCAAGCUCUGUCAAACAUAGAAUAUUCCAACACUGUCAGCACUAAGGAACUACUAAACUCAGAAGAUGUGACAAUGUGGAUGCCAAGCCUCCAGGAUAGGCUCCGGACCCCCCCAUGACCCUGAAUAAUAAGAAAAAGGAUGGAUGAAUAUUAUCUACUAAUUUGAGGUGUGCUCUACGGGCUCUGAAGUGAGACACGGAGACGCUGUAGCUAUGCCGCUAUUCGGUAAAUCCCACAAGAAUCCCACUGAGAUCGCAAAAACGCUAAAAGAGAAUAUGGCCAUCCUUGUCAAGCAGGACAAGAAGACUGAGAAGGCAUCAGAGGAAGUAUCCAAAUGUCUUGUCGCAAUGAAGGAAAUCCUGUAUGGAACCAAUGACAAGGAGCCACACACUGAGUCUGUGGCCCAGCUUGCUCAAGAACUCUACAACAGCGGCCUCCUGGUGUCGCUCAUUGAAAAUCUGCAAGUCAUUGACUUUGAGGGAAAAAAGGACGUGUGUCAGAUCUUUAACAACAUCCUUCGGAGGCAGAUUGGAACCCGCAGCCCAACUGUGGAGUAUUUCUGUUCCCACCAAGAGGUGCUCUUCAUCCUUCUCAAGGGAUAUGAGACACCUCAGGUGGCCCUGAAUUGUGGCAUCAUGCUACGGGAGUGUAUCAGGCACGAGCCCCUCGCCCGCAUCAUCCUGUACUCACAACACUUCCGGGAUUUCUUCAAUUAUGUGGAAAUGUCAAUCUUCGACAUCGCAUCUGAUGCCUUCGCCACCUUCAAGGAUUUACUAACAAGGCACAAGGUCCUAGUAGCAGAAUUUUUAGAGCAAAACUAUGAAACGAUUUUUGGGGACUAUGAGAAACUGCUGCAUUCGGAGAACUAUGUCACAAAGAGACAGUCAUUGAAGCUCCUGGGAGAGCUGCUGCUGGACAGACAUAACUUCUCAGUGAUGACACGCUACAUUAGCAAGCCUGAAAACCUGAAACUCAUGAUGAAUCUGCUGAGGGACAAGAGCCCCAACAUCCAGUUUGAGGCCUUCCAUGUCUUCAAGGUGUUUGUGGCCAACCCAAAUAAAACACAGCCAAUCGUGGACAUUCUCCUUAAGAACCAGACCAAGUUAAUCAACUUCCUCAGCAACUUCCAGAAAGACCGUGCAGAUGAUGAGCAGUUCAAUGACGAGAAGACCUACCUCAUCAAACAGAUACGAGACUUGAAGAAACCUGCUUCAUAGAAGCAUUCUUUUUGUUUGGAAUUUACCAAUAAUAGUAUAUAUCAAAAUUCUAUUUAAAGUCUUUGAAACAUUUAUAUGUUCCUUAAAUAGCCUGCAGGAAGCCACAGUUUUCCAUCAAUCUCACUGUCAUGAGGAACAUUUAUCACAAGUGUAGCAGGAGCGUUACUAUUACAUGGAAGGUGAUUCCUUUCGGAGGGCAAACCAAAGGUUAUAACAACCUCAGUUGAAGCUUUAUUUACCUUCAUAAGUGGCUCAUUGAAUGAUGGCAUUGAAGUCCUUAAGUAAAAAUGUAUGUUUCAGAUAUGAACUGUUUAAAGUAACUGACUGUUUAAUAUUCCACAAUGAAAUGCAAAGUGUGAGUAAGAAGUGCAAGGAAUGAAUCAUUCAGCAGAUUGCUAGUAUGUAUCUUUGCGGAGUUUGCACUGUGGUUUUAUUGUAUGAAACAUGGUAUCAUUCAUCAAUCAUUUUUUUAUUAUGCAUUCACAAUUUUCUUUU